ACACCCUUGUACCUUUUGCUUUAAAUUAUAUUCUCUCUCCGAAAGGCAAGAGAGAGAAACAGAGACAGGGAGGGAGAGAGGACCAUACCACCACAUUUUCCAACCCUAUUAGCCCCAAAACCAUAGUUACUGUUCUCUAUGUUCAUCUCUUCAAAUCUUGAAGCAAAAUGCAGUCCAUCUUAAAUCUCCACAGCAACCGUGGCCUUCCUCUCUGUCUUUCUGGGAUCACACACCCUCUCUCUCUAUCUAAAGAGAUGGCGGAUCAUGAUCGCAGGAGGGAGGCCCUGAAAAAGAAAAAAAGAGGGAUUGUGGUUGUGAAUUAUGAUGUGGGUAUUGUGAGAAACCAUGAGAGAGGCUUGGAAGAGAUCAGAGGAGGUGAUCGUGAAGUGGAGGGAGAUCUGGUUGCUGAUCUUGUGCAUGAUUUGAUCUACUUGUUCUUGGCUUGUCCGGCAAAAGCUGCAUAGCUUCCACCGGAAUUGUACUUCUACUAUUACGUUUUGUUAAUUUGUAGACUUGAUCUGUGGGGUUAAUUGAAUCCUCUUUCUCUUUUUCUUCUAGUAGAUUUAUGUCUGGAAUUGGUCCCCCCCUUGAAUUAAUAUGUUUUUUUUGUCA